AUGGUAGGUGGUUGUGUAGUCGUUGGCCUGAGUUUGGCUGGUGAGACCGAUAGGGUGAGCAUCGGAACAGGGUACCCGCUUUCGGAACCAAAACUGCCUUGGAAUUGCUGGUUUCGGAAUCGAAACCGCCUUAAGCGGUUCUGGUUUUGGAUCCUAAAUUCUUGGAACCGCUUAAGCGGUUCCAGUUCUCAUUUUUUUGGAACCGCUACCCGCCGGUGGUUACUCGGAACCAGAACUGGAACCACCAGUUUCAGUUCCGGUUCCAAAAUAUUAAGAACCGAUAUCAUCGGUUCCGGUUUUGAUUCCAACAUCUUAGGAACCUCCGGUUUUGAUUCCGGUUCCGAUUCCAGUUUCGUCAAAUUUAACCGGUUAGCGGCAAGAACGAAACAAUCGAUGUCUCACUUUGGCCGAUCAGGACCGCCGGAUAUUUCCGACACCUACUCUCUCCUCAUUCUUAACAUUAGUUUCCGGACGACGGCUGACGAUCUGUUCCCGCUUUUUGAUAAGUACGGAAAGGUUGUUGAUAUUUUCAUCCCCAAAGAUCGAAGGACUGGUGAUUCUCGUGGCUUUGCGUUCGUUCGUUACAAGUAUGCAGAUGAAGCAGAGAAGGCAGUAGAUAGGCUGGACGGAAGAGAAGUUGAUGGCCGAGAAAUCACAGUUCAGUUUGCAAAAUAUGGACCCAAUGCAGAAAGGAUUCAUAGAGGAAGGGUGAUUGAUAAGUCUCCCAGGGCAAGAGGCAGGUCCAGAAGUCGUAGUCCUAGACAAAGAUACCAUGAUAAUUAUUAUAGGGACAGGGACAGGGAAUACAGGAGAAAAAGGCGCAGCAGGAGUUGGGAUAGGAGUGAGUGACAGGUGAUAAAAGGUGUCCUCUUUUGAAGGCAUGCAUGUUGGUAGGAAGGAUGGGAUCCCUCCAUGAUUAUAGUGAUUUGUAGGAGGAGUUAUGAUCGGGAAAAGAAUAAAGAAAGAUAGAUUGGGGUUGAUGGCUAUGAUGAUGAAAAAUGUUACCUGUUGUUCCUUCUGGGGAAACUGAAUCAGAGAAGAUCCAUUGGAAGCAUAUAGCCGAAUACAAUCAGUACAAUUCCAAAAGAUUACGCAAAGGACAUGCACUUAUGAAAUAUAUAGAGAAUCAUUCCCUCUAACAGAAAAUCAUAGCUAUUCCAUUUGUCAAUCUCCACGUGGUUUAGGCCUCCUCUUGUAAACUUUCAACUCACAUGGUCCAUUGGGCUGAUCCAAAUCAUUGGGCUCAAAAGCACUUUCCUUAUCCGUUUCAACUUUAUUUAAAUUUUUGAAUACAGUAACAUGCCAGAAAUAUAUUUUUUUAGCGCAAAAAGUUAAAACAAUGUUGCAC